GGUUAGGCUAAAGAGCACGUAACACGGUCAAUAUAAAUUCUGCCCAACAAUAAGGUCUAGCGACAAGCCCCCGCCUCAUCAAAACAGCAGGAAAGAGCAAGGCAGGACGAAAGAUGGAAGAAGAAAGCAGUAAAGCUAAGAACAGGCCGCACAUAGUGAAGGAGAAAGACUACUCCGCGUUGAAAGAGCUGUUUGCUCAUCAUAUAGAGUCGUUCGACUAUAUGAUUGACCAAGGCCUCGAUACCAUGCUCUUGGCUAUCAAACCCGUCGAGGUUUCUGAUCCCUUCUCCGGCCACAAGCUUAGAAUUUGGUUUGGUCAACCUGAAAUAUUCCCCCCUCAAAAGGAGCGUGGUUACAAGGGCGUACAAGAUGCUCUCUAUCCUUUUGAGUGUAGGCAAGCUAAACUUUCUUACACGGGCAAGUUUACUGUGGAGCUUUGUCUUCAGUAUGAUGAUGGAGCUGUUGUAAGAGAGAAGUUCAAUUUAGGACAUUUUCCUAUCAUGUUGAAGUCAAACUUAUGUCACCUGAGGACCACUGACAACUCCCAAAAGUUAAUCUCUCUCAAGGAAGAGCCAUCAGAAAUGGGCGGGUACUUCAUUUUGAGUGGUCUUGAGCGAGUGGUUCGACUUUUAAUAGUGCCAAAAAGAAACUAUCCCAUGAGUAUGGUGAGGAAUUCAUUCCGUGAUAAGCGAGAAGGGUAUACUGAUAAAGCAGUUGUGAUAAGAUGUGUUAGAGAAGAUCAAUCUGCAGUUACCGUAAGACUGUAUUAUCUUAUUAAUGGAAGUGCACGACUUGGAUUCUGGAUACAAGGAAGGGAGUACUUGCUUCCUGUUGGUAUCAUAUUAAAGGCCCUUGUUGACACAACUGAUCGUGAUAUAUAUGUUAGUUUAACAUGUGUUUAUAAUGAGAUUUAUGAUCAAGCAAAGGGAGCUGUUGGCACCCAGCUUUUUGGUGAAAGGGCAAGCAUUAUCUUGCAUGAAGUUACAAGCCUCUCUCUCUUCACACGUAGAGAAUGCCUCCAACAUAUUGGUGAACAUUUUCAACCUGUUAUGUCCGGAAUGGAAAAUGAAAGUUAUUCUGCUGUUGCUGAAGCUGUUCUCAGAGACUACAUAUUUGUCCACUUGGAUAACAACCAUGAUAAAUUUAACCUGCUGAUCUUCAUGCUGCAGAAGCUUUUUUCUCUCAUAGAUCAAACAUCUGUUCCCGACAACCAAGACUCUUUGCAGAAUCAAGAAGUUUUGCUGCCUGGCCACUUGAUAACAAUAUAUCUCAAGGACAGGCUUGAAGAUUGGCUGGCAAGGACAAAACAGUCACUCAAAGAUGAAAUUGUCAGCAAAAACGUGAAAUUUCAAUUUAGCAGCUUAGCUGACGUUAAGAAAGUUCUUGACAAAAAUGGUCCGAGACAGAUCGGUUUAGCUAUCCAGAAUAUGUUGAAGACUGGGAGACUAGCCACACAAUCUAGCCUUGAUUUACAGCAGAAAGCUGGAAUGACUAUUCUGGCAGAAAGGCUAAAUUUUCUGCGAUUCCUUUCAAAUUUUAGAGCUGUUCACCGAGGUUCUGCGCUUGCUGGUCUUCGUACUACAAGUGUGCGAAAAUUGUUGCCAGAAUCAUGGGGAUUCUUAUGUCCUGUUCAUACGCCUGAUGGAGAACCAUGUGGAUUGCUAAACCAUUUAGCCGCUUCUUGUCGUAUCACUUCAUAUUAUGAUGCCAAAGGAAACAUCAAAGACUUCUUAAGAAUAAGAACAGCAAUCAUAGAUGUGCUAAACAAUAUUUGUUUCAUGAAAUCUUCAUUGCCAAAGCUUCCGAGGGCUGGCACUCCUGAAAUGCUCACUGUUCUUCUAGAUGGUCGUGUUCUUGGCUCUGUACCACUGGACCUUGCUGAAAAGGCUGUUACUCAUUUGCGAAGACUGAAACUAUCAGCUGUAUCGCCGAUUCCCUUUGACUUGGAAGUGGGUUAUAUACCUCUGAGCAUGGGCGGGGCAUAUCCUGGUCUAUUCCUGUUCACAUGUCCUUCUAGAUUUAUCCGACCCGUUAGAAACAUCUCUGUUCCUCAAGAUGACAAUGAUAUUGAACUCAUUGGUCCAUUUGAACAGGUGUAUAUGGAGAUAAGCUGUGCUGAUGGCAGGGAUGGAGGAAGAAGAAAUUUGUUUCCUGCCACUCAUGAAGAAAUCCAUCCAACAAAUAUUUUGAGUGUUGUUGGUAAUUUGACACCUUGGUCUGAUCAUAACCAGAGUCCCCGAAAUAUGUAUCAGUGCCAGAUGGGUAAACAAACCAUGGGGUUUUCUUCACAAGCUCUGAACUGCCGUGCUGAUCAGAAGCUCUAUCAUCUUCAGACCCCACAGACCCCCAUUGUGCGUACAAGAGCAUAUGAAAAAUAUUGUAUUGAUGAUUAUCCUUUAGGAACAAAUGCAAUUGUGGCAGUUCUGGCUUAUUCAGGAUAUGACAUGGAGGAUGCCAUGGUCUUAAAUAAAUCAUCUGUUGACCGGGGGAUGUGCCAUGGGCAUAUUUACCAGACAGAAACAAUUGAUUUGGCUGAACGAAGUGUUAGGUCAGAGCGUGGGCAGAAACUGUUUAGGAGAAGCAAUACUGACAAGCAAUCUAAGCAGCUGAUUGACUCUGAUGGACUUCCAUAUGUUGGACAGAGGAUCAGUCCAAAUGAUUCAUAUUGCAGUAUCUUCAAUCAGAUAACAAGUCACACACAAGAUAUUAAAUUGAAAGGAACGGAAACUGUUGUUGUUGACUAUGUUGCUGUUGAUGCGAAAACCAAAAGUAGUAUUCAAAAGGCAAAUAUACGUUUUCGGCGUUCUAGGAAUCCUGUGAUUGGGGACAAAUUUAGCAGUAGGCAUGGGCAAAAGGGUGUGUGCUCGCAGCUAUGGCCAGAUAUUGAUAUGCCUUUCUCUGGAGUUACAGGAAUGCGGCCAGAUCUAAUUAUUAAUCCUCAUGCAUUCCCUUCAAGGAUGACUAUUGCUAUGCUUUUGGAAUCAGUUGCUGCCAAGGGAGGAGCUUUACAUGGGAAGUUUGUUGAUGCAACACCAUUUUCUACCUUAGUUGAAAAUGACAAUAAGGGACCAAAAUCUGAUACAGAUUCACUGGUUGACGAUCUUGGUUCUAUGUUGAAAGCACGUGGGUUCAAUUACCAUGGCGUAGAGGUACUUUAUAGCGGAUUUUAUGGGACAGAAUUGACAUGUGAAAUAUUUAUUGGGCCUGUCUAUUAUCAAAGGCUUCGGCACAUGGUUUCAGAUAAGUUUCAGGUGCGAUCUACUGGAACAGUGGACCAAGUCACUCGACAGCCCAUCAAAGGGAGAAAACGUGGAGGAGGUAUCCGGUUUGGAGAAAUGGAGCGAGAUUCCCUUUUGGCGCAUGGGGCAGCAUAUCUGUUACAUGACAGACUACAUACCAGUUCUGACCACCAUAUUGCCGACAUAUGCUCAAUAUGUGGAAGUGUUCUCACAUCAACACUCAUCCAGCCGCCUAAACGUGGAAUGCGAGAGAUAGGUCGUGAGCUUCCACCUGCCAGAGACUUCAAGAAGGUUACAUGUGUUGCGUGCCAAUCCAGCAAAGGAAUGGAGACCGUCUCAAUGCCCUAUGUAUUUAAGUAUUUGGCAGCAGAAUUGGCAGCGAUGAACAUAAAGAUGAGUCUUCAGCUGAGUAAUCAUGUGGCAGGAGCUUGAUAGCCCAUCAUUUCCAGCCCUUUUGUAUCCUGCAUUAUUAUUUAUUAUCCGAAUACCAGCACAAAAGGUGCUGCUAUUUAUAGUAACUUUGCUUUUUUACAAUGUAAUUUCAAUCAUGAGAUGUUUGUCUUCUGGGCCACUACGCAGUUUUUUGUAUCGAGACGAUAGACCAAGAUUUUGUAAUGAAAUUUCUUUUGUUGGUCAAUGUAUAGGUUUUUGUGUAGGAUUAAUAGGAUAGUCUCACAAGAUUCAAGGCCGACUCGUUAGUGUAGUUAUGCACCAAACUUAUAUUAUGGAAGUAAUGGAACAGUUGCAUUCACGUAUGGAAUGUCAAUU